AUGUCCGAACCCGAAUCGAGACUCGACCUCCAUGCGCUGCAGGACGCUCUGGAUGACCAGAACAAGACCCAGCCUCCCGAGGAGGCGGCUGCAUCCUCGGCAACCGCAACAAAGUUGAGCAAGCCUGAGCAUGGGAAGGCCUCCCCAGAAACGCUUUCUCCUUCUUCGCCUGGCUCCAAGAGCCCAGCGCCGCCAACCUCUUCAGCGCCCACUGCAGCUCCGACCGCUUCGCAGCCACGGCAGCAACACAAUGCAGCACCUAUGAAUCCACAAGUGGAGCAGAUCCGCUCCAUGUUUCCAGACUUUGAUCAAGACACUGUCGCUGCGGUACUCGAAGCUCAGGGAUCAGACGUCGAAAGAGGUGCGUGCUUUCAAGCCGUUGCUGCGAGCCACGCACCCUUGCUGACAUAGCUUCAUCCCCACAGCUGUGAAUGCUCUGCUGUCAAUGUCGGACCCGACGUACAAAGCACCACCGCCAGCAUCCAACGAAGAAGCAGACGCAGCUUUCGCGCGCUCACUGGCCCAACAACAAAGAGCAGAAUAUGUUUCUGCACAGCAACAGCAACAGAGGCCAUUCCAUGAGGGCACUGGAGCUGUUUACGAUCCCUCUCAGCUCAACUAUCAGCCUCGUCUUCGACGCAACCCUCCCUCUCACACUGGAGCUGUCGCAUAUCAUGCACCGCCUCCGUCAGGCUUCGAGAACAUCAACAGGCAGCAGGCGCCGGUAGGUUGGCCAGGUCCAGAAGAUGCUAAGCGCUGGGGUGAUCAGAUCAAUUCGGCAGCAGAGAGUGAGUCCCGCACUUGAAAGACUGGUGACAUGGCAUUGACCCUUGUAUCCGCCUUUCGUAGAGGGCUUCGCGCAGGCCUCGACGGCUUUCUCGGCCAUACGCCAACGGCUGGCACAAGGAACAAGCCCGGGAGGUACGCCUACAGGAGGAAGUGCCACUCCUAGCGGUAGGGGUGGUGGAGGUGCCGCUUCCUUCUUCAACUCUAUAGCAGGUGGCAACAGCGCAAGUGCGACGAACGGAGGACGCAACGCGCGGAGUAACGUGAAAAGCCCGGAUCAGAACUAUGACAGAGAUCCAGCUCAGGUGGGAGACGCGGAUCUAGCAGCGCUUUUGGCUUCCAACGGAGCGCCCCAACCUCCAACCAAGGCGGAUCGUAUGCUUGGCAACUCGGCCAAGAAUGGAUCGUUUGAUCAAAGGUACGGCGCAAGUGCCAGUGGGAAGUUGCCCAAUCGACACUCCGUCGGCAGGCAAGUCAGACCCGAGGACGAGCUGGAGGAUGACGAAGAGCUGGGAUGGGAAUCUGCAGGAAGGGCCCCUGCGCCCAUAUCCAUCAGAGACAACUCUCUCGGCGCAUCGGGCACGCCCUCGACGCCUGUGCGAGAUGCAAAGAGCAGCACGGGCUCCAACCGGGACGCGGUGGACAGGAUGGAGUCCAGCACGGGCAGAGGACUUACCAGUCCUAAGCCGAAAUCUCCAGCUGCUAGCGCAGCAGCAUUGGGGGCGGGAGCUGGAGUGGGCGCCGCCGCUGGCUUGGGAGCAGCGGCGACUGCCGCCCACGAUGAUGAGCCUGCCAAGUCCAAAGCGCGCAGCGACGAUGGCUCGAGCGAUGGGGAAGACUUGGAAUACGUCUCCAACCCUUUUGACGAUGAAGACUGA